AUUGGCCCCGCAAAGAUGAAAAGAGAGAAAAAAGUCAGAAAUCCACUCACAUCAAUUCCAACGCUCAACCCUAACAGCGAAACACCAGUUUCCACAAUUAUUUUCAAAAAAAAAAAAAGUAAAAAAAAAAAAAGCCGAAUAACUGGAAUCUACUCCACCACUCCCAUACAUUAGACCACACCUCCACCUCCCAUAUAUAUACUCGCCUCCCCCUCUCCAACACCUCUCUCUCUCUCUCUCUCUCUCUCUUGGGAAGUGUAGGGCGGUGGCGAUGGUGAAGGAUGAGUGGAUCAGGGCUGCUAUGACAGAUGAUAGAGUGGUUGUGGAGCUACUUGUGCGGCUCAAGCAAGCGCAAGCAGCGGCAACGGCGAAACCUCAGGCGGUUAUUCCACUUAGAUGGGGGUUACGACUUCCGAGGUCCAACACAACGACAGCUAUAUCAUCUGUGCGAUGUGACGUUGUUUGUAGGAGGAAAGAAGGAGAUUCUUCUGCUAGAUGUAGUCCUACCACGCCGCUUUCCUGGAGCGGUGGUGGUGGCGGCUCUGCUUCCCCCUCAGCCACUGCUGACGGCGUCGAAGAUACCAGCCCUCAUGUCAUCCGUUCUCCUUCUGGCGCCAGAACCAAGGCUACUGCUAUUGCUGCUGAAACCGCUAGCACCACCAAGAGGUCAAGAAGGAAGAAGACCUUUGCUGAACUUAAAGAAGAGGAGAGUUUUCUGUUGAAAGAAAGGGUGCAUCUGAAAAAGGAAUUAGCAACUUUAAAUGCCAUAUUUAAGGAACAGAUGGCAAGGAAUGAGAAUUUGAAGAGAAUAAAGCUUGAUUUGAAUUUGCAAUGUGCAAAGGAUUCAAGGUUAACGUCUGGUGUGCUUGAGAAAGCAAUUUGCAGCCAGCCCCAGCAGAGAGAACCCUCUUCUCCCAGCAACAUUAGUUCAUUGUUGCCUAUGCAUGUUCCAGGUGAUAAUACCAAGUUGGAUUCUAGUGAAACACAAGGCGCAAUUUCAAACCAUGAUAGAUCCUUCCUGCUACCUGAUUUAAACAUGAUGCCAUCUGAGGAUCCUCACACUGAAACUCUACCUGGAAUGAGAUGACAAAAUAUAUAAAAAAGUCUUUACCUAUGCACCUACGAAGAUAGAAUUGUGGAUAUCAGAUCACUGAACAACAUUUAUGUGUAUGAUAGAAUGAUGUUGUGGUGGUAACCCUGUGUUUUGCCAAGGAGUUGUUGGCUUUAUGCACAUUCAAGGUCGGCAUCCCAGAACUGCGAAUUUGGCCAAAGCCAAAGAAAUCAUAGCUUGGCAUUGGUCUAUAGUUAAUUUGCCCAAGGCAAAAGAAGCCAAUGCGACACGAAGAAGCUUUUAUCAUACUGUAGAGUACAUGUAGAGAUUCUUGAUUUCAUGAUUUGUUGUAGGCUUCUACAUUCCUCUGAAAUUCUAUGGGUUAAAGCCUCAUUACCUCUUA